UGCUGAGAGUAGCUUCAUUGGCAACCAGGAAGACCACAAGCACUUGUUGUGUUGUGUCCGUGAAGUUCUGUCAAAAUGCCGCCUAAAAAGAAGAAGGGGAAAGGAAAGGGUAAAAAGAAAGGCAAGAAGAAGGAUGAUGCCCAACUGGAACUUGAAGAUAAGUACAAGCGGACGAUGGACGAGAUUGAGGCACUUAAGGAUCACUUAGCGGUGCGGAAGCAGCUGACGAGGCGAGCCAAUGUGGUGAGUGAAGGAUGGCAGCAGCGAAUGUCGGAAGCAGAGAAUGACCUGGCAUCACACAAGGAAGACCAGCUGGCUAUUAAUGCUGACAUGACGCGACAGUACAAGACAAUGCAGACGGAGAUGGGCAUCACCAUACACCAGCUGGAGACGGAGCUGGAGAGAACACACCAAACACUCAAGAAGACAGAGGUGGAGUUGAAGAAGACGAAGGAGGAGCAGGAGAUGAUGAGGCGUGAGAAGGACAGCGAGAUCAAUGACCUCAAGAUGAAGAUCAGCAGCAUGGAAAAGGCCUAUGAGAACAUACUCAGGGAAGCUUUGGAGUCGCUGGAGGCCAAGAUUGACAUGGCCAAAACCAUGUGGGAGGAAAAGUCCACCCAUAUCCAAGCCAAAAAUAAACAAGUCCUCCUCGAGUUUGGAUUGAACCCAUUAGAUAUCUAGAAUGUGUCCCAGAUACCCUGGACAUCUGGAACAAGAAAAGAGCCUUAAUUUUCUGGGCAUCUGGAGCAAAUAUUUGGCCUUGAUCCUCUGGAUGUCUAGAACAUCCAGUAAGUCAUGGUUCUUUGUAUAUCUAGAACACAAACAAGACUUGAUUCUCAGGACAUCUAGAUCAACACUUUGGCCUUAAUUCUCUGCUCAUCUAGGAUACCAAUAAGCCUUGUUUCGCUGGUCAUCUAGAACACUAGUAAGUCUUGGUUUGCUGGACAUCUAGACUACCUAUAAGCCUUGAUUCUCUGGUCAUCUAGAACACAAAUAAUCCUUGGUUCGCUGGUCAUCUAGAACAUCAAUAAGCCUUGAUUCUUUGGACAUCUAGAACACCCAUAAGCCUUGUUUUAUUGGAAAUCUGGAACACCAUUAAGCCUUGAUUAUUCUUUAGGCAGCAAGCUUUUCCCACAGAGACUUAACUGAAGUUGCUUUACAGGAGUCUCCAUCAAUGUUAUACAUAGUGCAGCAGAUAACUUUAGCAUCAUCAUCCUGAACAUCAUUUAUCUAUAGACGAAACUGUACCUGAUUAAAGCAGCCAAAA